AUGAGAAUAUAUCAAUAUUACGAUAUUCAAAAAGGUGUAGGUACAAGAAAUGAAACAUUGAGGUUAAUUUGUCAAGCAGCACUUCAUAUUUGGAUUCCAGUCAAAAAAACAUCAACAAAUACUGAUAUUUUAAUUGCACAAUUACAUGCAUAUGAAGCAUACGAGUAUUCUUAUUAUGUUAAAUUUGUUGAAGGAAUUGAAACACCAAAAACUUGGUGGGUUGGUUGCAAACAAGAAAAAAACUAUAUUCAAAUGUUGUCAUUAAAAAUUCUUAGUAUAAUACCUCAUAAUGUAAAUUGCGAACAUCUUUUCCCAGUUUUAGGUUGGUUUAUGUCAAAACACAGGACUUGCUUGAAUGUGGAAAGACUCAAUAAAAUGGCCAGAUUGCAUACUUAUUACAUAUCUAAUGGGAAAAGUCUGCUCAAUUAUCCUGUAGAUGAUGUAGAUGAUGACAAAUUUAAUGAAGAAGUAAAUAGAUCAAUUAUAGAAUUUGAUUUAGAAGAAAAUGAAAAUGAUUUGGAGCUGACAGAAGAAAUUGACAACAUUGAAGAAUAUGAAGAGGAAGAAGAGGUCAUACAACCAGGGGAAAAUGAUAUUGCAGGGGAAGGAGAGACAUUUUAA